CCAAAAUUUGUGAUAGUUUAUCUAAGAAUCGACCAUUAACGCGUGAGUAUUUGGAUAACGCCAUUUAUCGGCCUCAAAUAAUCAAGAUUUUAUUGGCCUAAUCGAUUUCAGUGUGGCGUUUUAUCACAUUUGGCAUUGUUCAGGACAUUGUCGACAUCAGAAAUGUCCAAACUACUUUUCGUGGCCUUGAGCUUCGGGCUCUUGGCACUGGCUGUGGGUGACCAACCGCUCUCAUCGUACAGAGAGUUCGAAGAAAUCGAAUAUGAAGAAGUUCCCGCCACGAGAAACGAUGAACGCGCUUACAGGCUCCCCACGACCGUAGAGCCUUUGGAUUACGAUAUUUACCUCGAUCUAUUCUUCGGCGAAAGAGCUGAUAGACCCUUCAGCUAUGAUGGGUCAGUUGACAUUGUCAUCCAGGCCAAAGUUGAGAACGUCAGACAAAUUGUAUUACAUGCCAACGUGGAUACAAUUCGUGACGUAAAACUUAAAAACCUUGCUGGAGAAGAAGUUAAUUUGAACAGCCAAAAUCCACAUGAAACCGAAGCUUUAUACCAUUUUUUGAAAGUCAAUGUAGAAAAUCCUUUGACUCCUAAUGUGAAUUACACUUUGCACAUCGAAUAUUCAAGUACAAUGAAUGAAGGACCUAUGAAGAGAGGUAUUUGGAGAGGAUGGUACACUGAUGAAAAUAACGUGGAAAGGAUCUACGCCACGACGCACUUCCAACCAUACAACGCAAGGCAAGCCUUCCCAUGCUGGGACGAGCCCUUAUUUAAAGCUGUAUUCAAAGUGCACAUUUCAAGACCAUCUGGUUACAACGGCAUUUUCUCCAAUACUCGUAAUACUGGUUAUGAAACAUUACCCAACGACCGUGUUAGAACUGACUUCGCUGCCACACCUGUGAUGUCAUCGUACCUCGUGACAUUCCUCGUCAGUGAGACAUUCACAGUGAUCGCCGAAGACACGUCCUUCAAUCCACCAAUCAGGAUCAUCGGUAGAUCCAACACUGUCGGUCUUGCUGACCACGUUUUGGAACUAGCCGUCAAAAUGACAGAAUACUUCAGCAAUUACUUCGGUAUCCCAUACGAAAAACUCCAUCCUAAUUUGUUGAAUGACCACGUUUCAUCUCCUGACUGGGCUUCUGCUGGUACUGAGAACUGGGGUAUGGUGAGCUACAGAGAACUGUACAUGAUUAUUGAUAAGAAUGAGACAAUCAUGUCGAACGAGCACUACGCUGCCACCCUCGUCUCUCAUGAGCUCGCCCACAAGUGGUUUGGUAACCUGAUCACGUGCUACUGGUGGAGUAACACUUGGAUCAACGAGGGAUAUGCCAGUUAUUUCGGCUACAUGGCGACACAUGCUAUGUUCCCUGAAUAUGAGUUCCCUGAUCACUUCAACAGUCGUUACCUUCAAACAUCUCUGGCUUUCGACUCAAGUAUAAGUACGGUGCCCCUCAACCAUGAAGUGAACACCCCUCUUCAAGUAACCGGACAUUUUGGCACCAUCAGCUACUCCAAGGCCGCCUCCUUCCUCAGAAUGACAGCAAAUAUCAUGACAUUGGAAACUUUCCAAAAAUCUUGCAAACUCUUCUUGUUAGCCAACUUUUACAAACCUACUAAUCAGUUUGAUCUCUUGCAAGCUAUGAACGAAGCUAUUGUCGAGGACAAUAGCUUGGCAAACUACCCUGGAUUCGAUUUUGGAGAAUACUAUAAAAUCUGGGUCAAUGAACCCGGGUAUCCCAUUUUGACUGUUGAUAUUAAUUACGAAACGGGACAGAUGGAACUUAAGCAGGAAAGAUUCUUCUUGAACCCGGAUCAGAAAACAACUGACCAGGUGUAUCCUAUUCCAAUAACUUACACAACAAGCACAAAUGCUGACUUCUCCAACUUGAGACCUUCACAAAUGAUGACUACCGCCAGCACCACCAUUGAAAAACCCGCUGGAGAAGAAUGGGUCAUAUUCAACAUCCAACAACAAGGUCACUACAGAGUUAACUAUAAUCAUAGGAAUUGGGAAUUGAUCAGUGAUGCUCUACUUAACCAGCCAGAUAGUAUUCACUACUUGAACAGAGCCCAGAUUGUAGACGACGUGUUCGCUUUGAUGAGGUCCGAGAGGAUGACCAUAGAGUUUGCCCUGCACAUCUUGAAGUUCUUGGCUAAGGAAACUAACCACCAUGUUUGGGAUCCUGCCAUCAGCGGUUUCAAUUGGUUGAGAGCCAGGAUCAGGCACUUACCUGAGAAGCAAGCCGAGUUUGAUGCCCACGUCCUAUCUCUAAUGGAGCAUGCCAUCACGACUUUAGGAUUUGAACCUAAAGAAGGCGAAACUCCCACCGUCACCAUGGCUAGGCAGAGCAUACUCCACUUCGCUUGCUUACUGGGCCAUGAAAAGUGCGUCCAGGAAUCUUGGGACCGAUUUUAUGACUGGAGAGUCAAUGGAAAUUCUGUCAAUUCUCGCGUUCGCCGCAACGUCUAUGUGACAGGAAUGAGGGAAGGAGACGGGGAAGACUUCAACUUCUUGCUAGCAAAAUUCAGAGCAUCAAACUAUGCUAACGAUCAACUAGAGAUGCUGAGAGGAAUGGGUGCUACAAAGGACCCUGAAUUAUUGACCAGAUAUUUACAACUAACACUCAGCAAGGAAGUAAGGUCCCAUGACAAACUGAAUUCAUUCAACUACGCCCUGCUAGGAAACCAGGAGAAUUACAAGACUGUGAUGCAAUUUGUUAAGGACAAUAUCAACGAAAUACGAACUGCGUACGUCGAAGACUCCCCAGCACGACCAGUGCACAGCGCAUUGUCCAACCUUGCUGGCUACAUGGAUGAAUCUGCAUUAGAAGAUUAUGAAGCAUGGUUAGAUACGCAGUCAGAUCUCCCUCAGCUCGCAACGGCCAAGGGUUCUAUUACUUCUGCUCGUAACAACAUAUCUUGGGGCACAGCAAAUGUUGACAAAAUCCUCGCUGCCAUUAGGAGUAGUGCAACGAAGACUGUGACGUCAUUGUUCAUGUUAGUCGCCAUGACAGUCCUUCUACAGGUUGUUUAGAAAUAUAAGAUUUAAACAGAAAUUGUUCUACAAUUUUGUUUUUUUAAAUAAAUUCGUUUUUAUUGAUA